CUGAAAACACUGGCGCGUUUUGUGGCGCCAUGGCGUCAUGAACCAAUGACAUUGUUGUCCGUUGACAUGGUUGAUUGGCUUUGCAGUUUCGGUUUGAGAAGAGUGUGGUGUGGAAUCAGGACUGGUGGUCACUUGUACUUUUUUUAUUGCUGUAGCUUUGUGGUCGAUCGCAAGUGAGAAUAAUUAUCAAUAACUUUCCCGUCAGUACGUGGAGUGCAAUUUUUCAGUGCAAGAGGUCGUUUGGUGGAAAGUAGCUCUCGUUCGGCUACGUGUGGCCACUAUUACUUGUAUACUUUUCUCCACAUUUUGCGUUGCGGAAAACUGCCCAUAGUAAUAGUACACGGAAUACUAGUAGUUUUGAUGACUGUGAAAUGAUCGUAGUUCUGAGAUGACACCGGAGGAGACGUGGCUAUGUAGUGGCUUCCUGGCAAAAGAGUCCAAGGGCGACAACUGGAAUAAGCGAUUCUUCGUGCUGGACGAAACAUCACUCAAGUAUUACAAGAAAAAGCCAACGGAUGAUGAUCCAGAGGGAAGCGUUUGUCGUGGUGAAAUACGAAUAAAGAAGAUCAUUUCGGUGCAGCCCACUAGUGUUUGGAAUGGCAAAGAAUGGUGUUUCGAGCUGAAAAUGAGCCAUGGGAUUCCCACCAUUUUCUUGGUGGCAGCAAGUCACAUGGACAUGGAAGAUUGGAUGGACAAUAUCACCACCCAUCCAUUAUUUGGAUUUGCAGCCAGAGGGUCAGUAGAUGAAGCACCUGGCCCAGGAGCGCCGAGCUGUUAUCAAACCAAAGUAGUAGGUGGAGUUGUCAUUCGUACUCAGAUCAUCUCAAGUCCGUUGCAACCUUCACGAAGCCGAUGUAGACGGCACUCCACACCUGAGAGCGAUACUUUAGACUCACCGAUGGAUUCCUCUCCUAGUGCCAAAUCCAUCGCCGGAGACUGCCACAAAAUAGGAUUACUUCGCCAGUCGACAAGUCACGAUGGCGGAAUCAUACGCUCCAGCAUCAGCACCAAUAGCAUAUCGAACUGGACACCAAAGUCCACCAACUCUUCGCCUCAGCGUGCACAUCGCAAAGAUGGUGCUCGUGUCGUUAUGCGUGGAUAUUGUACUAAGCAAGGUGGCCGUAGGCGGACUUGGAGAAGGCGCUUCUUCAUAUUGGAUCCCUUUGGCCUCGCGUAUUAUCAGAACAGCUGGACCAAAGACCCGAUAAAGAACAUUCCACUUCCACUGCUCAUGUCUGUAUCCGACUGUCAAAGCUUCCCAGACCGUGCACAUGUUUUGCAGGUCAUCACAGUUGGCCGCAUCUUCUACAUGCAGGCUGACAGUGAGAAUGAGUGUCAAGAAUGGAUACGUGCCAUCAAGAGCAUGUUACCGAAUAAAUCAGAAGUUGAUCCCUCUGCUCUUCCACCUUCUUCGCCCACAACUAGACAGCGCAUGGCUAACGGAAAAUAUGCUCAGCAAUUGUGGCGAUUGUCAAUGGGACGAUGUCGUGAUUACUUCAUGGAUGAAUCAGACGAGUCAGACGAUGACUCUAUUGCAGGUAGUAAUGUAUUAGAACUGAGGCCAAUACCGUGCGACGACUUGCUCAGCCGCCGGCGUUCUGUCUCCGCGAGUGGGCGGGUAGAGUGAGCAUGGCCGCCUGGUAAUCGCGAACAGAACAGACAGAGCAGCAACAUUACGGAACAUAUGCUCUCGCCAAUCUGCCGUGUGCUGUGUGGAGAAUCUGUACAGAGAUGCAGUUGCUUCUCCAUAGCGAUGCACCAGGUGCCCCACACACACACACCACGCAUAGCCGCAGAGAAUGUACACGCCGUACACACCAUAGACCUUUUCUGGUUUAGUUUUGUACUAUUUAUUUAUCUUGAUUUAUUUCUUCAGUUAGUUUCGCGAAAAGCAAGCGUAGAUCACCUCACUCAAUAUUCAGAUAUCUAUCCAACCAUUUCAUGCCGAUAGUGGAUUUUAGACGGUUUCUGGCUAGUACUCUGUUGCCCUGUGCUCCCAGUCUGCACAGUCAAUGCUGCCUGCACUGCACAUAGCUACACGGUAAUAAAACCAGCAACAACACAUACAUGCUAAAUGUGUGCACGAGAGAAGAAGAAAAAAAGGAAGAGAACAUGCCAAACUAAGUUAGGUAGCUAGAAACAAUUCGAGACAGGUGUUAUACGGCCCACUGCUAAUCAAGCAAAUGUGUAACACAGCAACUGCAUCCCUUGUGUGCUCUAGAUAGCUCUAUCCAGUGCUGGAGUACGCUGAUCUGCCCGUCACUCUUUGUUUCUCUGUUCAAUCACUGCAGUAGCUUUUUCUGAUGCCAUUUAGUUGCUAGGACAAUGAAUUGUUCGGUCCACUGCUG